AGCUGUUUGGCGGCCAGCGCUUUCCAACACUGCCCGGCUGAGGUGCCGCAGUUUCGUUUGCUUAAUUUUAUUCGAGAUUAGUUUAGUUUUAAACAUAUCGCCCGCCCUGGACCAUUGAUAUUAGCAAAGCUCAGGAUUAAAUAGAAAACCGGAAACAAUCAUGGCAUCCCACUGGCCCCAGAACGUUGGAAUACGCGCCAUUGAGGUGCUCUUCCCCUCCCAGUAUGUGGACCAGACCGAGCUGGAGACCUUCGACGGCGCCUCCGCGGGCAAGUACACAAUUGGCCUGGGUCAGGCCAAGAUGGGCUUCUGCUCGGACCGCGAGGACGUCAACUCGCUCUGUCUGACGGUUGUGAGCCGCCUGCUGGAGCGGUACCAUGUGAAGCACUCGGAGAUCGGGCGACUGGAGGUCGGAACCGAGACCAUCGUGGACAAGUCAAAGUCGGUGAAGUCGGUGCUGAUGCAGCUGUUCGCCGAGAGCGGGAACACGGACAUCGAGGGCAUCGACACCACAAACGCCUGUUACGGUGGCACGGCUGCGCUCUUCAACGCCGUCAACUGGGUGGAAUCCUCCAGCUGGGAUGGCCGCCUAGCCCUCGCCGUUUGUGCUGACAUUGCAGUGUAUGCCAAGGGUGCAGCGCGCCCUACUGGCGGAGCUGGUGCGGUGGCCAUGUUGGUGGGUCCAAAUGCGCCUCUGAUCUUCGAUCGUGGCCUGCGCGCCACGCACAUGGAGCACGCCUACGACUUCUACAAGCCGGACCUCAGCUCCGAGUACCCCACGGUGGACGGCAAGCUCUCCAUUCAGUGCUACCUGUCCGCUCUGGACACCUGCUACAGGCUGUACCGCAAGAAGUUCGACCAGCAGCAGAAGGAUAGCUCCAAGGAGCCUGCCAGCCUGAGCACCUUCGACGCCAUCCUGUUCCACACUCCCUUCUGCAAGCUGGUGCAGAAGUCCGUGGGUCGCCUGAGCUUCAACGACUUCCUGCUGAGCAGCGAGGCGGAGCGGACGAAGCAGUUCCCCGGCCUGGAACGAUUCAAUAGCUCCACCCUGGAGAGCACCUACUUCGAUCGCGAUGUGGAGAAGGCCUUCCUGACGCAGUCAGCGGAAAUCUUCGCCAGCAAGACCAAGAAAUCGCUGCUGCUGGCCAACCAGGUGGGCAAUAUGUACACCCCUUCGGUGUACUCGGGAUUGGUGUCCCUGCUGAUCGGAGAGCCAGCUAAGGAUCUGGUGGGAAAGCGCAUUGGGGUGUUCUCCUACGGAUCCGGACUGGCGGCCUCCAUGUACUCGAUAAGUGUGACCCAGGAUGCGGCUGCCUUCGAGCAGUUCGUCUCGAAGCUGGACUACGUGCAGCCGCUGCUGAAUUCGCGGGAGAAGGUGGCCCCCGAGCAGUUCUCCGCCCUGAUGGAGGUGCGGGAGAAGAACAACCAUGCGGCGCCCUACACGCCCACAGGCAGCAUCUCCACCCUGUUCCCCGGCACCUACUACCUGAAGGACGUGGACUCGCUGCAUCGUCGCACCUACGAGCGCACGCCGACCAUCAGCAAUGGGGUGCACUAACCCCGGGCUGUCGGCCCUUUGGUUUGGUUCUGGUUUCGCCUCCAACUCGACAAUAACUUCAACUCUCUCGACCAAAACCACGUAUGCUGUAGCUGUAGACGGUAACUAUUUAUAACUGGUGUGAUCCCAGGGGUCGCUUUCCUUUCUCUCUUCUUAACCGGGUCCUAAUCGCAUAUAUAGUACUAAACCUAUUAUUUAUACAAGCUUGCGAAUUAAAUCUUUCAUCCAGUCAGACCUUAUUUAUACCAUGGAACAAGUCUUAACUAGCAUCGGUACUGCAAUUUAUGCCUAUAAAUGUACAAUACAAUACUUAUACCUGUGUGUAAGGCACACAAUCAAUUGUUUUACGAGCAAUAAAAACCAACAAAGUCAAAUGAA